CUUCGUGAGAGAGCUUUUCAGUUGUGUUUUGAUAACCCAAGUUUCAGUUCGGUGAUAACGAUUGUGUUUUAUAAUUCAAAUUUUCCGGUAAUAAUCAAGCGAAAAUGGACGGACGCCCGAAACUGAAGGAUGAAGCAACCUAUCAGAAAAUCCAAUCCUACUUUAAUUCGAAAGGAUCCAAGUUGAAUAUCUUGCAGCUAUUCAACGAAGACCCCUCAAGAUUCCAAUCCUUCAGCCUAACUGUACCCACUCCAGCUGAUGGCGAGAUUUUACUCGACUUUUCCAAAAACCGCAUCGAUAAGGAGCUGUUUUCUCUUCUUGUCGACUUGGCCAAAGCACGCAAAGUGGAGGCAGCCCGUGAUGCUAUGUUCUCUGGCCAAAAGAUCAACUUCACAGAAAACCGAGCUGUCCUUCAUAUUGCCUUACGUAACUUGAGCAAUACACCUAUUCUAGUGGAUGGCAAGGAUGUGGUUCCUGAAGUGAAUGCAGUUCUCAAACACAUGAAAGAAUUUACCACAGAGGUUAUCUCUAAAAAAUGGCUUGGAUACACCGGCAAACCAAUUGAAGACAUAGUGAACAUCGGAAUUGGAGGAUCAGAUUUGGGCCCAUACAUGGUGACAGAAGCGCUGAAGCCUUUUGCAAUUGGCCCGCGAGCUCAUUUCGUCUCAAACAUUGAUGGCACUCACUUGGCGGAAGUACUGAAGAAAAUUAACCCAGAAACAACGCUCUUCAUCAUCGCAAGUAAAACAUUCACAACCCAGGAAACUAUCACCAAUGCAACUUCAGCAAAGCAGUGGUUCUUACAGGCUGCCAAAGAUCCUGCGCAUGUGGCCAAGCAUUUUGUUGCCCUCUCGACAAACGCACCCAAGGUCACCGAGUUUGGAAUCGAUGAAAAGAACAUGUUUGCAUUUUGGGACUGGGUUGGAGGUCGCUACUCUCUCUGGUCCGCCAUCGGUCUGUCCAUCGCAUUGAACAUUGGUUAUGAUAACUUCGAGAAGCUCUUGGCUGGCGCCCACUUUAUGGACAAUCACUUCAAGACAGCACCUUUGGAGAAAAAUGCCCCUGUAAUACUUGCAUUGCUGGGAAUUUUGUACAUCAACUUCUAUGGAGCUGAAACUCAUGCUCUUUUACCUUACGAUCAAUAUCUUCACAGGUUCGCAGCUUACUUCCAGCAGGGUGACAUGGAGUCAAACGGAAAGUAUGUAAACAGAAGUGGUCAAAUUGUAGAUUACAGCACUGGUCCAAUCGUUUGGGGUGAGCCAGGAACCAAUGGCCAGCACGCUUUCUAUCAGCUCAUUCAUCAAGGAACUAGACUUAUCCCCGCUGAUUUCAUCGCUCCUGCAAUUACACAUAACCCAGUUCAAAAUGGUCUCCAUCAUAAGAUUCUGUUGGCAAACUUCCUCGCUCAAACUGAGGCUCUUGCAAAAGGCAAAACCCCCGCUGAGGCACAGAAGGAAUUAGAAAGCUCUGGAGUCUCAGGUGAUGCCCUGCAGCGCAUUCUCCCCCACAAAGUUUUCCAGGGCAACCGACCCACCAAUUCCAUCGUUGUCCCAAGAGUCACACCUUUCACUCUCGGAGCCCUGAUAGCACUGUACGAACAUAAGAUCUUUGUUCAAGGAGUCAUUUGGGAUAUCAACUCAUUCGAUCAAUGGGGUGUUGAGCUGGGUAAACAGUUAGCCAAGGCAAUCGAACCUGAGCUUCAAGAUAAAUCGCCUGUUUCCAGCCAUGAUGGUUCUACGAACGGUCUCAUCAAUUUCAUCAAGAAGAAUUGGUAAAUUUCUCUUGGGGAAACAAAACGCACUUUUCAACUGUCCAUCGAGAAGACAUCACAGCAAAUAACCAAGUAUUAUUGUAUGGAGACAGACUGACAGAAAGGUAAAACUAAGCUUGUGGGAAUAACAGCCACAAAAUCAGAGAGUUUCAAGCUUUCAACUCGGCUACUGCUCAUGACCGAAUAAUUUCACCAGUAAUGAAGAAUUUUCAGUUACAAAUUUUUAUCGAAACUCUUACUUCCAGGCCGCCUAAAAAAAAUCUCAAGUUUCAGUAUUUCUUUCAGUCGUGUUUUUAUACCAAAACUGCUGUUUUCUUUCUUUAACUGUUCAUUUUAGCAGCCAAACUGAAUAACCAAUGAUUUUUUUCCAUCAUGUUGUAAUUAUUCCUAGGUAUAUGUACUGAUUUUCACACCAUUUUCGAUUUUAGCAUAAUUUUUGAUGUUCAACAUUAUUUAUUAUUUAUUUAUUUUUGUAAGCUUCCAUCUUUUUAUUUAUCAAACAUGAAUCAUAAAAAAUUAGACAUUUAAUGUACUUAGUGAUUAAUGAACGUAGUCUUUUUAAAAAGUAAUGCGUGAAUAGUUUAUUCUUGUUGAGAUUUUAGCUGUUUUAUGUGUUUUUUGUUUUUUCAAAUUAUUUCUUUAAGCUUUGAUGAUGCUAUUUGUAACAUCAUGAAAUGAGUUGCUGCCUCUAAUUGAUCUAGAGGUAUGAAUUUUACGUAAAUGAGUCCUUGUCAGUUUUUAUUAUCAUGCGAAAGUGAAGCCUGCAAACUGAAAUGUUUUGUAUACUGGAAAUCUGUGUUUUCUCAGCAUUUUUUCUAAAAUUGCCAAUAUUGAUUGCAAUACUUAGUGAUUCGUGUGGAAUACUUAUAUUUGAAAGCAAAGAUUUUUUAUCCUACAAGAAGCAUUUUCAGCUGAACUUUUCACCAAAAACUAGGUACCUAUGCUAUGCUCUUGUAAAAAUUGAAUUUUAAUGUCAUUACUUUUUUUCCAGUCUACCGUAACCGUUAAAGCGUAUAGUUGAAUUAUUUUUCGAAAGAACUGAUGUAUUAAAUUUGUUACUUUUUAAUACCUCUAGUUUCUAACUGAUUCUCAUUUUUCCCGUAGUCUUUAUAUCAACGAUGAAACUGCACCGACGCGUAUCUUGUCCAUUGCAUUUCAAAAUCUCCGCUAUCAUUUUAUUUGAUCAAUGGAAAACAAACCAAUACAGUAGCUCGGAUUUAUAACAAAGUAUUAUUUUUUUUCACUAAGAAAAUCAGGGAAGUUUUCCAUAAAUGACAGUGAGUACCUUCCCAUUUAGAAAAUUAAGUAGCUCGUUUUUAUAACAAAGUAUUCUUUUCUUGCACUAAGAAAAUCAGGGAAGUUUUCCAUAAAUGACAGUGAGUACCUUCCCAUUUAGAAAAUAAACCAUGAUAGGAAGUUUGCUGCAUUGCAAAUCGACAAUUGCAUUUUAGCAGUUUCGCAGUCGAUAUUGAUGCCUUUUACAGAAAAGGUAUGUAACUUACAUUUUUGGAAAAAUAAGGUGAAUGUUGGUUAUUUUGGUACACAUUAUUAUACUGUUUUUAUUUAGGUAUAUGUUAGGAAGAAAUUAGGUACCUACCUAUUUGUGUUUUAGAAUUUCCAAACGGUUUCAAUGUUUUUAAAAUAUUAAUUUGAUAGCCAUUUUUAGUACCUACUGACUCUGAAAUAAGUAGCUCCAAAUAUUGCAAUUUACACGUAAUUCAAUGAGGCCAGCGCACCUUUUUUCCCUGAUGACUUAAAAUGAUUGAAAUGAAGUAAGAAAUGUUUUAGUUGUAGGGGGCUGAUAUUGGUGUAAUUUUUUAAUUAAUGUAAAAUUUUACAGACUUAAAGUGUCAGAAAAAAAAGGAAAAAAUAAUCAAAACCAUCCUUUAUGUACAGAAAUGAAAGUAAGGUUAUUUUACCAUUACUUGAUGAAGUUCCACCUUUUUAGAGCCGAAAGGUCUCUACAUUUGUGUGAUCAAUUUUUGUGCAAAAUUUUAAAUUUUAAUAAACUUAAAACAACAAAAAGA